CUCUGCUACCCUUAUGUAGUUAAGGGUGUCCUGAUGGUAGCGUCUCCUGUUGGAAAGGAAAACGCCCCGCCAGUGGCCCAAACAAACAACAGCGAGAAGGAUUCGAAGGUGCAGAACAAUGCGUCUUUGGCAAUCAUCCAGAAGCAAGACCACAUUUUGAAUUUUCAAAAGUGGUGGUCAGAGGGCCAUGGCAAUGAAGUUGCAGCUUCUCACGCAUUAUUACAUAUUGUUGACCCAGAUGUUCUCGCUGAAGUUAUUUCUGCCGGUGCUGCUUAUCACACCUGCUUGGGCAUUGAGAAGUUGGACACACUGUUGAACAAGUUGGAAGAAGCAGCGGGUGACACUGCCCUCGAUCCCCUUCGAAAAGCCAUGCAAACCAAAGGGGGUGCGAGAAAUCAAGCCCGUGCCGUUGGCGCACUGCUUUUCAAUACUGCCCGACUGGUUUAUGAAGAUGGAAAGGGGGGCCCUUCAGUCAACUUGAGCUCCGGCAAAGCAUUGUUUGUGGGCGACAAAGUGUGCAAGACAGAAACCAACUCAGAAGAAAUGGGUCGCUUUGAUCACUCUGCUCCUGAUUCCAUUGAAUCUCCUCUUUUGCCUAGGGAGAGGGUUGAUUCGAACUCACCAACGCGUCUCGGUACGACAGCUGCUGGGGCUGCAAAUGAGCCAUCCCUUGAACACCUUCCGAUUGCAGAUGCAGAACAGGAACCGUAUGAAGAAAAAGUAGAGAAAGAUGCAGAGGCAGCAGCAGCAGGAGCAUCUACAGAAGAGGCCAUUCUGGAGCAGCAAGACCAGAUUCAGCGAUUCCAGUUGUGGUGGGCGGAAGGUAAGGGAAAGGAAGCAGCAGGUUUGCAUCCUAUGCUCUCACUCCUUGAUGCUGCAGUUCUUGCGGAUAUCAUCGCUGCUGGAGCCAACUACCACAACUGCCUUAGCGCGGAUAGACUUGAUGCACUGCAAAGGCAUAUCAGCAAGUCAAAUGGCCCUGGUUUGGAAGCACUGCAGAGAGCUUUGCAAGCCAAAGGUGGGGCCAAAAGCCAAGCUCGUGCUGUAGGAAGUGUGAUUUUCAAAGAGGCCAUGGAUAUGUUUAAGAAUCCACCGGCUGAGAUGAGCAAGUCUUCACUUGCAACAAGUUCAGAAAGCAGAGAGCUGGAACAGUCAGGAGGCAAGGUGGAACAACCCAAACUGAAUGCAGGUGUCGUUGCGGACGAGAUUUUUGAGCCUCCCAAACGCUUCAUUUGCUCAGAGUCGUUCCCCCCUGAAGCAACUGUCGCAGUGCGCCUGGAACCCAACAAAGCCAGCAGCUUGGUAACAAGCUUGCCCUAUGGCUCGGAGGUUUUGGCAACUGCUGCAAGGGGCACUUACCUUCAGUUCAAGUUAGACAAAGGUCAGAACAACGAAGUCCAGUAUGUGUGGGUCCCUCGUGUUUUGGAUGGCUUGGUGCUGUUUGUGGAGAAAUCAGAUCCGGUGAAAGUAGAGAAAGAUGCAGAGGCAGCAGCAGCAGUAGCAUCUACAGAAGAGGCCAUUCUGGAGCAGCAAGACCAGAUUCAGCGAUUCCAGUUGUGGUGGGCGGAAGGUAAGGGAAAGGAAGCAGCAGGUUUGCAUCCUAUGCUCUCACUCCUUGAUGCUGCAGUUCUUGCGGAUAUCAUCGCUGCUGGAGCCAACUACCACAACUGCCUUAGCGCGGAUAGACUUGAUGCACUGCAAAGGCAUACCAGCAAGUCAAAUGGCCCUGGUUUGGAAGCACUGCAGAGAGCUUUGCAAGCCAAAGGUGGGGCCAAAAGCCAAGCUCGUGCUGUAGGAAGUGUGAUUUUCAAAGAGGCUAUGGAUAUGUUUAAGAAUCCACCGGCUGAGAUGAGCAAGUCUUCACUUGCAACAAGUUCAGAAAGCAGAGAGCUGGAACAGUCAGGAGGCAAGGUGGAACAACCCAAACUGAAUGCAGGUGUCGUUGCGGACGAGAUUUUUGAGCCUCCCAAACGCUUCAUUUGCUCAGAGUCGUUCCCCCCUGAAGCAACUAUCGCAGUGCGCCUGGAACCCAACAAAGCCAGCAGCUUGGUAACAAGCUUGCCCUAUGGCUCGGAGGGUUUGGCAACUGCUGCAAGGGGCACUUACCUUCAGUUCAAGUUAGACAAAGGUCAGAACAACGAAGUCCAGUAUGUGUGGGUCCCUCGUGUUUUGGAUGGCUUGGUGCUGUUUGUGGAGAAAUCAGAUCCGGUGAAAGUAGAGAAAGAUGCAGAGGCAGCAGCAGCAGUAGCAUCUACAGAAGAGGCCAUUCUGGAGCAGCAAGACCAGAUUCAGCGAUUCCAGUUGUGGUGGGCGGAAGGUAAGGGAAAGGAAGCAGCAGGUUUGCAUCCUAUGCUCUCACUCCUUGAUGCUGCAGUUCUUGCGGAUAUCAUCGCUGCUGGAGCCAACUACCACAACUGCCUUAGCGCGGAUAGACUUGAUGCACUGCAAAGGCAUACCAGCAAGUCAAAUGGCCCUGGUUUGGAAGCACUGCAGAGAGCUUUGCAAGCCAAAGGUGGGGCCAAAAGCCAAGCUCGUGCUGUAGGAAGUGUGAUUUUCAAAGAGGCCAUGGAUAUGUUUAAGAAUCCACCGACUGAGAUGAGCAAGUCUUCACUUGCAACAAGUUCAGAAAGCAGAGAGCUGGAACUGUCAGGAGGCAAGGUGGAACAACCCAAACUGAAUGCAGGUGUCGUUGCGGACGAGAUUUUUGAGCCUCCCAAACGCUUCAUUUGCUCAGAGUCGUUCCCCCCUGAAGCAACUGUCGCAGUGCGCCUGGAACCCAACAAAGCCAGCAGCUUGGUAACAAGCUUGCCCUAUGGCUCGGAGGGUUUGGCAACUGCUGCAAGGGGCACUUACCUUCAGUUCAAGUUAGACAAAGGUCAGAACAACGAAGUCCAGUAUGUGUGGGUCCCUCGUGUUUUGGAUGGCUUGGUGCUGUUUGUGGAGAAAUCAGAUCCGGUGAAAGUAGAGAAAGAUGCAGAGGCAGCAGCAGCAGUAGCAUCUACAGAAGAGGCCAUUCUGGAGCAGCAAGACCAGAUUCAGCGAUUCCAGUUGUGGUGGGCGGAAGGUAAGGGAAAGGAAGCAGCAGGUUUGCAUCCUAUGCUCUCACUCCUUGAUGCUGCAGUUCUUGCGGAUAUCAUCGCUGCUGGAGCCAACUACCACAACUGCCUUAGCGCGGAUAGACUUGAUGCACUGCAAAGGCAUACCAGCAAGUCAAAUGGCCCUGGUUUGGAAGCACUGCAGAGAGCUUUGCAAGCCAAAGGUGGGGCCAAAAGCCAAGCUCGUGCUGUAGGAAGUGUGAUUUUCAAAGAGGCCAUGGAUAUGUUUAAGAAUCCACCGGCUGAGAUGAGCAAGUCUUCACUUGCAACAAGUUCAGAAAGCAGAGAGCUGGAACUGUCAGGAGGCAAGGUGGAACAACCCAAACUGAAUGCAGGUGUCGUUGCGGACGAGAUUUUUGAGCCUCCCAAACGCUUCAUUUGCUCAGAGUCGUUCCCCCCCGAAGCGACUGUGGCAGUUCGUGCCGCGCCCUCCCAUCAGAGUGAGUAUUUGACUUGCUUUCCGCAUGGUACAGAGAUUUACUCCACUGGCCGGUUUGGAGACUUCCUUCGGUUUCGUUUGGCGAAGGAAGGGACUGCUGAGGCAUAUGUGCCCUUGAUGUUUCGAGGAUUGACGCUUUUUGUGCCUGGUAGCCUUCCAAGUCGUGGGAAUGUUUCUCCAUCAGGCUCCGAGGAACGUCUGGCACAACUUGAAGACCGGGUAUCGCACCAAGAGACCAUUAUCAAAGCUUUGCAGGCUGAGCUGUCCGCAUUGCGGGCACACAUGAGUGCUGUUGCUACGGCCUUCGGGACCCUAGCAUCCAGGUCUUCAUGAUGGUCCAUGGAGUCCAUGCAGAAGGGACUUCACAGCCUGUCUGAUGCUGUUUGCCAUGCAGAAAUCUAAUUCAUGCGAAGGACACUUCUAAUUUGGCAUCAUUGCGGUGCCACUUAAUGAUGUUUGUAAAAGAUGCAAGAUCUUGCAAAACCAAUUAGCUUGAUGGCCUGAAA